GUAUUAAUCAUAAUCAUCUAAUUGGGUCUCAUAAAGUUAGACAAUUAACUAACUUACAAUAAUUAUAAACGGAAUCUAAUUUGUUAGCAAUUAAACCUUGAAUUUAAUCACAACGAUUAAUAUAAUAAAGAUAAUGAGAUGAAGAGAGUGAUAACUAAAUUAACAACGAAGUUAAUUUAGUUUGAAAAUUUUUCGUUUCUAUUACAAUUUGAUUCGUUGGUGAUCAUAUUAAUAUGAUCUUAGUGUUUGUGCUCAGUGAUUAGUUGAUUAUCCUUUUUUAAUUAUGUCUCGAUCACUAUUGAAAAGACGUGCUAAUGAACCAAGCAAAGAGAUUGAGAUUUGGUUUGAUGAGAAAACAUUGUUUCAGGAUAAUAUUAGGGAGGUGAUGGAAAAAUUUGAUUCCAUUGAUCCAGAAAUUUGGGGCAAAAUCGUUUACAUGGAAAAGAAUCGCCGACUCGCCAAGGCCUAUGCUCGAAGUAGUAACGAAACCGAUAAGGAAUCAAUCAUACGAAUCACCAAUUCGGAGAUUGCAUUUGAUGGAUUAACCAUUGGAUUAUCUGGAUUUGUUAAUCCCCAUCGAGAUCAGAUUAUCCUUCAAGCUUUAUCCCACCUUCAUCAGGGAGUUGAUAUAAUCAUGGAGGAGAGUGGAAACAUAAUUGUUCACAAUCAAACUGAAUCAAGAAUCUUUCUGAGAGGUUACAAUUUAAUUAAGCCUGAAAAUAAGCGUUCAGAUGGAUUGGGAACAAUUAAAUUGCUUCCUCAUCAACGAGAAACUUUAUUUGAUAUAAAUUGUUACCUUGAUUCAAUUGAAUCAAAAGUUGGUACAACAAUUAACCUUUUAAAAAGUAUUGACAUAAACAACAACAACAAUUUAAAUUGUCAACUUGAUUUGAAUAAUAACAACAAUGGUAAAGUUAAUUGUGAUGAUGAUAAUUAUGUUUACUCAAUCCGACAAUCACUUGAAUUGGAAACAAUUAGUUUAAUUUGUUUAGGUCGUGAGAGUUAUGAUUUAAUUGAGACUCCAUGUUAUUUAAUCAUAAUUAACAUCGUCGCUCUUGAUAUACUGAAAGCUAAGAUACCUCAAAAGUAUCAAAGGAAAUUAAAUCAAUCAUCAACUAAUCAACUUCGUCGUCGUAGUCUUGCUUCUGAUGGUCAACGUAUUGGUCAUCGUCUUCGUCCACUAUUAAAUUUACCAUCUCUCAUACGUUCAUCAUCACCAACAAUUAGUAAAUCAUCAUCAAAGGAUAACUUAUCAUUAUCAUCGUCAACAACAAAUUCAUCUUCAUCAAAUGAUUGUUUAUCAAUUAAUUUACUUCAACCUCCAAAUCAACAGCAACAAAUGAAUUUUAAUUAUAACAAUCAAAGUAGUAUUAAAGUUAAUCAUCAUAAUAAUUAUCAAUCAUCAUCUCUCCGUAACCUUCAUUUAUCAUCAAAUGAUCAUCACCAUCAACAUAAUCCGUAUCAUAAUCAAAGUAAUCAAUCAUUAACAAUCAACCAAUUGAACAAAUUUACUUUAACUAAUCAAUUACAAUCAACUGAUCGUAGUCGCUCAUGGUCAAUAUUAACAACAGAAACAAAUGUUAACCACAAUCAAAAUGAUCAACUACCAUUAAUAAGAUUACCUGAACCAGAUUAUGAUGAUAAUAAUAAUAUAAUACUAACUAAAUCAACUAAUCACUCUGACAAUCAAUUUAAUUACCAUUCACUGGGACGAUCAUCUCAUAUAAACUCAAUGGUUAAUCAAUCCAGUACUAAUCACAAUCAAUAUUAUUCAUCCUCAAACAUUAAUUCAAGAUCUAAAUCAUUUCAAGAUCUGUCAUCAGAAACUAAUACAAUCACUAAUCAAGCUAAUAAUUACUGGAAAGAGGAUAUUAUAUCAUCAUCUUCAUCAUCAAGAUCAAAAAAUCAAUCAAAAUUAUCAACUAAAUUAAUAGAUAAAUUUAAACUUUGGAAAAGUUAAUCACAAUUAAGGAAACUAACAACAACAACAACAACUACUACAACUUGUAAUCAAAUCUAAACUACAAUUAAAUGUAGCAUAUUAAUUUUGAAUAA